AUGGGUGAUGUUCCAGAUAGUGCCACCAGCCUACCUCUAAUUUCCAAAGGCCUUGUUUCCUCAGAAGAUCAUACUUACGUCGUUGAACGAAUGAUUGAAGGUAGAAUGGCUACCAAGGAGGAAAUAUCUGUAUCUCUUGACAAAGAUGCUUAUGACCACAUUGCUGCUACCUAUUAUCUCAUGAUUGAACGGAGACUGAAGGCAAAGCAAGCAGAAGCAACUUCAUCAACUUCAUCAAAUUCUGCAGCCAAUGCUUACCACUUCCGCAAGAACUCUGCUCCUGCUGAUGGCAAGCCUCAUCUAGAACCCCUUGCUCUGUCUCCACGAUCUUUUGGCUUCAAUGGAAUUGAUUCCUGUUACAGUUUUAUUUUUUCUUUUCCUUAUUUCUUUUUCUUUUUCUUUUCUCUUUUUCUUUUUUUUUUUUCUUUUUUCUUUUUUUCUUUUUGUCUUUUUUCUCUUUUUGUCUUUUUUCUUUUUUUGUCUUUUUUCUUUUUUCUCUUUUUUUUUUUUUUUUUUCUUUUUUUUCUUUUCUUUUCUUUUCUUUUUUUUUUUUUUUUUUCUUUUUCUUUUCUUUUUCUCUUUUUCUUCUUUUUCUUUUCUCUAUUUUUUCCUCUUUCUUCUCUUUUUUUUUUUUUCUCUUUUUCUCUCUUUCUUUUUUUUUUUUUCUCUUUUUCUUUUCUUUUUCUCUUUUUUCUCUUUCCCUUUCUUUUUUUCUUUCUUUUUCCUUUUUUUUUUUUUUCUCUCUUUUUUCGCUUUUUUCUUUUCUCUCUUUCUCUUUUUCUUCCUUUUCUCUUUUCGCUUUCUUUCGCUUUUUCUCUUUUCGCUUUCUUUCGCUUUUUCUCUUUUCGCUUUCUUUCGCUUUUUCUCUUUUCGCUUUCUUUCGCUUUUCUCUUUUUCCUUUUAAGCUUUUUUUCUUUCUUUUUUUCUCUUUUUCUUUCUUUCGCUUUCUUUUCGCUUUUCUCUUUUUCUCUUUUUUUUUUUCUCUUUUCUUUUUUUUCUCUUUUCUUUCUUUUUUCUCUUUUUCUCUUUUCUCUUUUUCUCUUUUUCUCUUUCUUUUCUUUUUCUUCUUUUCUCUUUUCUCUUUUUCUUUCUUCUCUUUUCUUUCUUCUCUUUUCUUUUUUCUCUUUUCUUUCUUUCUCUUUUCUUUCUUCUCUUCUUUUCUUUCUUUCUCUUUUCUUUCUUCUCUUUUCUUUCUUCUCUUUUCUUUCUUCUCUUUUCUUUCUUCUCUUUUCUUUCUUCUCUUUUCUUUCUUCUCUUUUCUUUCUUCUCUUUUCUUUCUUCUCUUUUCUUUCUUCUCUUUUCUUUCUCUUCUUUUCUUUCUCUUCUUUUCUUUCUCUUCUUUUCUUUCUCUUCUUUUCUUUCUCUUCUUUUCUUUCUCUUCUUUUCUUUUUCUCUUUUCUUUCUCUUCUUUUUCUCUUUUCUUUCUCUUCUUUCUCUUUUCUUUUUCUUCUUUCUCUUUUCUUUCUUUUUCUCUUUUCUUUCUCUUUUUUCUCUCUUUUUUCUUUUUUCUCUCUCUUUUCUUUUUUCUCUCUCUCCUCUUAA